AAGUUGCAUGUCGAGCGAAUCAACGCAUAGUCCAAUUUGCUAGCUCAAAUCAAACUAAACUUAACCAUCAUGUUCAAGCUGUCUGCCCUCGUUGUCCUCUGUGCCCUGGUGGCCUCCUCCAUGGCUGAACCCAAGCCCGCCAUCCUGGCCGCCGCUCCAGUGGUUGCGGCUGCUCCCGCCGGAGUCGUUACCGCCACCAGUUCGCAGUACGUGGCCCGCAACUUUAACGGCGUGGCUGCAGCUCCAGUUGUUGCCGCGGCUUAUACCGCUCCCGUUGCCGCCGCUGCUUACACCGCUCCCGUUGCCGCUGCUUAUACCGCUCCCAUUGCCGCCGCUGCCUAUACCGCCCCAGUUGCCGCUGCCUACUCCGCUUAUCCCUAUGCCGCCUACCCAUACAGCGCUGCGUACACUACAGUUUUGUAAAAAGGAUUACAAAAUACAAAAACGGCUUUGAAAUGAAAUAAGAAUAGACCCU